CACAACCUUCGCUGCCACAUUUCCCUCUAGCGUGGCCGGAGAAAUCUUGUCACGUUUUCAGCGGUGAAAUUUGCUUCUGUUCCGCUCCAUCUCCCGGCCAUGUCUCUUUCUAAAAUGGCGGCUAUGGCAGCCAUAGUUUCAGGUGCAAAAACACACUCAAUAUCACCACUUCUAAGAAGGCACCUCUCGUCCCUUUUUCACCCUCUUUCUCCUGCAGCUCCGCUACUAUCGCAACGGCAGAUGUUUCUGGGCGGGGUCAGGAGAACCCAGAUGGCCCAGCAAUUUGUAAGGUUCACCCACGACGGUAGGCCAAGAGGGCCUCUUUGGAGAGGCAAGAAAAUGAUCGGCAAAGAAGCUCUGUUUGUGAUAUUGGGCUUGAAGAAAUUCAAGGAGGACGAUGAAAAGCUUGAAAGGUUCGUCAAAAAUCACGUCCUGAGGCUUCUGAAGAUGGACAUGGUCGCUGUUCUCAAUGAACUGGAACGCCAGCAAGAGGUCUCUCUAGCAAUCAAGAUAUUUAGGGCGAUUCAGAAGCAAGACUGGUAUAAGCCUGAUGUCUAUCUGUACAAGGAUUUAAUCAUUGCAUUGGCUAGAGGCAGAAAAAUGGACGAAGCAAUGGAGCUAUGGGAAAGCAUGAGAAAGGAGGACCUGUUUCCUGAUUCUCAGACAUACACUGAAGUCAUUCGAGGUUUCUUGAGAUAUGGAUCUCCUGCAGAUGCAAUGAACAUUUAUGAGGACAUGAAGAAGUCUCCAGAGCCACCAGAAGAAUUGCCUUUCAGGAUUUUGUUGAAAGGGCUGCUGCCGCAUCCCCUCUUGCGGAACAGAGUCAAGCAAGAUUUUGAGGAAAUAUUUCCUGACAGACAUAUUUAUGAUCCUCCUGAAGAGAUAUUUGGACUUCGUUGAGGGCUUAUGAUCAUUUUCUCAGUUCACAAGGAAAAGAUGGUAUGGAACUGCUGAGAAUUGGGCUGUACCAUUUCGUCUGAAUGGAGGAUAAGAAGCUGUCUUAUGAUUUGGAAACCAGUUCACAUCAUUAGCUUUACCAUAAGAACAGGGCUUAAUGUACAAAAUACCACAUCAUUGUUUUGAAGAGCAUCAUUGUUUCAUGCCAAGUUGAUUCUUCUUUGGCAGCACCUCUUUAGUGUUUUAAGAGGCGAUUCACAUUUAUGAUGAUGGUGAAGCACCUGAAUGGCUGCAUACCGCUCCAGCACCAACAUUAUGGGUCUGAUUGUUAUAGACAGCGGAUAGGUAGGAUGACUGCCCAUAUUGCGGACAAAAUGAGAAGCUUUCACUGAAGAACUAGAUAGGAAUUGGAUUUUUUUUUUUUUUUUUUUUUUUUGUAGUUUGUGCUUCUCAGAUUUCAGAAUUCAGAUCAGCAAGUCAAUUGUUCCACUGAAGAAGCUUUGUUUUGUUCUCAAUGGCAGGAUCUAUAGUUGAAUUAAUAUGGCUUUGGCGUGAAGCCAAUACAUUUAAGUCAACUGAUGAUGCUCAGGCACAGAAAAAUACUGAUUCCUGAAAACCUAUUGCAGAAAAGCAACUGAUG